AAGUCAGCGCUGGUAUUAUCUUGAAUAAUUCUCGGUGGCAGUUACGCCGCUAGCUUUAUCAGAGGCUGCAGCCAUGUGCGAAACCCUCUGGUGGCUUUCGAUUUAACGCUCAGUCGUUAUCCAGAGACCGAUGAGCUCACAUUAAAAUUAGAAUAAGUAAAUUGUUGAUCCACAAAAAAACAAAAAAGCAAAAAACAGGCACAUUGUGAACUUGAGGAACAAUGUCGACCAAGAUAAAAACGUUGAUUUCCGGUCGUAGGCUGCUGUUGUUGAUGUUGGUGUGCCUGCUCGUUUCCGUGCCAAGCGCCAGUUGCAAACCGGAAAACAUAGAUGCUCCUGAUACGAAGUCGGCCAAUGUGAGCACCCUAGAUCGGCUACAAAUGAAUCUCUUCGUUAACUACGAUGUAAACGUUCAGCCCACUAUUCAAGGCAAAGCGGCAAACGUAAGCCUUGGUCUAUCGGUGAACUAUAUAGAUAUCGAUGAGCUGAACGGCAAGAUCACACUCCAUUGUUGGCUGAACGUGCAAUGGGUCGAUGAGCAACGUUCAUGGAAUAUAAAGCAGUAUGACAACAUUACCAAGUUGCAUAUACCAGACAGCAAAGUGUGGAAGCCACAGAUUAUGAUCUUCAAUGCCGCUGCCGAUGAGGGCAACUAUCCUGUGAGCACACAGGUGAUACUCUCCAAUGAUGGCAGCUUCCAGUGGGUGCCACCAGCUGUCUAUACGGCCUAUUGCGCUCUGAACAUGCUCAACUGGCCGUACGAUCAACAGAUAUGCAAGCUUAAAAUUGGCACCUGGUCGGUGAGCAAUCUCAAUGCGGCCUACAGCAAGGCGAUCAAUUAUGAUGAUCGGGUGCAAUCGAGCGAGUGGGAAAUUGUCAGCGGCCGAACACGGUUUGUGCACCAGGACUAUUAUAGCUAUGUUGAAUUUAUAUUUACAACUCAGCGCCGCUCCACCAUGUAUACAGCGGUUAUCUUUACGCCAGCCUCUUGCAUAGUGCUCUUGGCGCUGGCCACUUUCUGGCUGCCACCGAAGAUGGGCGAGAAAAUACUGCUCAAUGGCAUACUCAUCCUAAUGAUUGCUGCGUUUCUCAUGUACUUUGCCCAGCUGCUGCCCGUGCUAGGCGGGAAUACGCCGCUCGUUGUUGUCUUCUAUAGCUCCAGCUUGUUGCUGAUCAGCAUAUCCACGAUUAUAGAGGUUGUAGUGCUCUACCUGGCCACGGCACAGCAUAAGCGUCGCGUGCCGGACCUAGUGAAGCGUCUGUUGAAUGGCAAACUGGGCACUUGUCUACUGCUCUCGCACUUUACCAAUGAGGCUGAGCAGCCUGCAAGGCAAAGCAAUGGCGUACCCAAGGAGAUGGAUGAGAAUUUGUACGAUAGUGUGGACGAUGUGACCAAUCCGUUGGACAUCAAUCCUACUGGGGUGCCCUCAGCGCGUGCCCUACAAUUCGACUGGAUGCUGUUGGCCACGGCCGUCGAUCGCAUUUGUUUCAUUUGCUUUAGCCUGGUCUUCAUAGCGUUGAGCAUUGUUUACGCUAUCUAAGAUCCCAAAAUAUGCCAUUACAAUAGCGCUUUUAUAUAACUUUUACUGCUAUACUCA